AUGACAGCAUCAACUCUAGUUCAAUAUAUUGUGGUGCGUUCCGAUCUCAAGGCCUCCCUCUCCUGGUCCCUCGGUUCGGUAAUCGCACAGGCAUGUCAUGCCUCCACGGCGGCGCUGCAGAAAUUCGCAGAGCACGAAGAUACACGGGCCUACGUGGCGGAUUUGGAGAACAUGCGCAAGGUGGUACUAGGCGUCAGUGACGAGGCCAAACUGGCCUACCUUUCACAAUGCCUCGAGGGCGAGCAGAUUGACUUUGUGUUGUGGCGCGAGCAGCCCGAGAACAUCCUUACUGCCCUCGCCCUCCGUCCUUAUCAAAAAAAGGCUGUUCGAAAUCUCCUCGUCGAGUAUCCACUGUUCAGUUAG